AUGGAUCCGCGUCCACGACAGACUGCAAUCAGACAUUCAUGGUGGUUCUCAAGUAAACAGCCGCCGGAGCAACCCGUGGUCCGACAUGCCCAGCCAGGAAGUGACAUCGCUGUCGGGGAGCGUUCUUUUGGCAAGGCUUCGGUGAACUGCUGCCUUCGGGGCAAUAAGUCGAAGUGGGGAACACUCCAGGGUGGGAAUGCCGCUGUUCUCCAGCUGCGUGUUGAUCCGGCCCAGAAUCCCAAAUACAAACUGAAAGAGCUUGUCUUGGAAUUGGACUUCAGUGAAAUGGAUCCUCGAGUAGCAACUAGCAACACGACGGCGGCGAGUGCUCAGCCUUCCUUGCUCAUCUUGGAGCCUCCUUCACCGAAGCAUCUCAGGGGCAAAGCCUUGAUCCAGCAUCUGUCUCAAGAAUUCCUCGCCCAGCCUCAAGUCGGCGCAGGAGGCUUUAGCAUUGGCGGCAUUGGUCUGAAGUCUACCAAGGACAAAGAUAUUGAGCGAUCGUGGCGCUUUCAUAGCCAUUGGACCAACAACGCCUCUGGCCAUUACACCAGUGCCCGAUGGACUUGGACAGCAGUUUCCGAAAACCCAGAUAUCGAGAACGUCGGGGCCUUGUAUCUGGGUAUAAUCAUACGACAUCCGAACAAGCCGUUCUACCUGACGUGCAAGAUCAAUGGGAAGUUAGUCAAUAUAGGGAGAAGAUUCCGCUACGGGGACGAUGGUGAGCCAUCGAUCCUCACUCUGGUUUACCCACAGACGUCACAGCAAAGCAUCGAGAAAGAGGCAAAGGAGCUCGAAAACGAAAUUGUUGCUUUGAUUGAAGGCGAAGGUGCUAGUAAGUCUCUGGAAUCUCCUCCAUUAAAAGCCGAUCCUCUACUAUGUGCCCAAGCAAGACAUCUUCCACAUAAUCUGGUGAUUGCCUCAAACCCUUAA